GUCCAGCACACGCAGCGGGCAAGCGAUUCAACGCGUGAGGCAGCCCAGCUGGCAGUGAGGCAGGCAGCAGUGAGGGGAGUGAGGGGCAGCUGCCCGGACCACCAUGGCAGCCGAGCACGCCCAUCACGACGAGCACCGCCUCGACGUGAGCAGCGUCUCGGUCAUGCUCAUCCUCUUGAUCGCCUUCACCUUAACGAGCGAGAAGCUGCUGCACGCGCUGCACCGCCGGCUCGGGCACGGCGCGAGCGUCGGCCAGGAGAUCUUCCACAAAGUGAAGGAUGAAUUGAUGCUCGUCGGCGUCUUAACCUUAUUGUUGGACGUCGCGGAGCACUCCUUCACGCCGACGCACGACGUCUUGGAGGCCUUCGAGUGGGCGCACCGGUUGCUGUUCGUGGCGGCGCUCGUGUUGGUGGCGUUCGCCGUGUCCCUCGCGGCGGCCUGCGCCGCGCUCACGGCGCGGUACCACGCCGUCGAGGGCGUGUCGCUGCAGGGCAUCCUAUCGAAUGAAGAUCGGGAAGCGACGAUCCGCGUCGCCCAUACCGACGUGAGGUGGCGCGAGGCGGCGACGUACUUUGCGCUGCGGGAGGAUUUUUUUGCCCGGUGCGAGCUGCCGGCGGCCUUCGCCUUCUCGCGGUACCUCGAAGGGGCGCUGAAGGAAUUUAUCGUCGACCAGGUCGAGAUCUACGCGUCGGCGUGGGGGGCGGUCGUUUGCGUGGUCUGCGCGAACUGGGCGCGGAGCCGCUACUUCAACGUCUGGAACGGGCGGGAGACGGACGUCUUCGUCUGCGGCGGCUGGUUGCUGGUGGUGCUCGCGUUACUGUUAAAGACGCGGCAGGACGCGGCGUGGGCCCACCUGCGAAGCGACCUGGGCUGCGCCACGGACGACGCGCUCGUCGAGGCCUGUAGAAGAGCGCACAAGCGCCGGUCGAAGGAAAAAGCGAUCAAGGAGGCCGAGGCGAGCCUCGAGCUCACGAUCGAGCGGCGCGAGCACCGGCGGGAGCUCGAGAGGGAACGGUCGGCGUCGCCGCCCGCGUCGCCCACCUCCCCGAAGCGGGGCUUCGUCGGCCGCCUGCAGGCGCUGCGGGACCACCGCGCGGGCCGGCUCGACGACAACCAGCACCACGCGCGCACCGCGUCCACGCUGUCGGCGUGCGUCUCGGGCGUGCUGCUCCUGGUCUGCUUCUACGGCGCUUUAUUACUAUUACGCUACGGCGCGCUCGCCCUCGAGGUCUCCCGGUCGUACUUCGUCGCGGCGGCGCUGCCCGUCGUCCUCGUCUGCGACGUCGUCCGGCGCCUCGUGCACCGCACGUCGUUCGUCGUCGCCGUGUCGCGCGUCGACGAGGCCGCCGUCGACGAGGUCCUGGAGGCGUCUUUGCAAACCUCGCAUGACGUCGCGGCGCUCCGCGUGACGUUCAGGCAGGCGUUUGCUGCCCACGGUGGGAAAUCACGGGCGGACCUGCGGGCAGUAUUUGAUCACUUCGAAGCUUCUGGGGAUGGGGAAUUAGAUAGGGACGACGCGCGGGCGCUCAUCAAGUGGGUCCUGAAACGGCGGAUCUCGAAGGACCACUUCGACCGCGUCUGGCGCGAGCUGAACGUCGACGAGAUCGGCGGCAUCGGCUUCGCGGACUUCUCGUCGUUCUUCGACGACCCGGCGUUCCAGACGCCUCUGUUGGAAGCUCCUGGGAUCGACCUCCGCGGCGUCGCCACGAAGAAGAAGAAGCGCUCGUUCUUCCACCGCAAGAAGAGCACUAAGAAGGUAGACUAA